GCGUGUAACAAAGCGGUGCAGAACACUCAGAUGCUAGCUAGCAAACGGGAGGGUGAGAUGGUUUGUCGUUGAGGUAAUGGCAGUGUUUGUGGAUGCUGAUUUGUACAGCCAAGACCACGAAAUCCGUGUAUCUGUUGGGUGUGUACACCAAGUGAAGUGCUCUGUCUUGUUUUGAGGUCAUGUGGCGAUGAUGUGCAGGCUUCCAGCGUACAAGUGUGUUGAAAGGUGUGUUCUACAGGAUGAACGUGAGUCGACAUAGAAGUGAACAGCUGACUAAAAGAUGUGCCACGCAGUGCCUUACAGAUAUCGUUAUAUUUUGCCAUCAUAUAACAUCACAUUUGAAGCAAGUGACAUUGCUAUUUUUAAUAUGUAGUGCAGCAGGUGGACUGAGUGCGUUUAAAUUCCUUAUAAGAUGCUCUCUUUUGGUCUUUGUCUGACAUAUUAUUGUUGUUAUUAUAUUAUCCAGUCGGUACGUUCUGAAACAUGUUUGUUUGCUCAACAAAAUUUUUUGUUUUUUCAAGAUGCGAAAGCUACCUGCAUUAAGCCCCCCCCCCCUUUUUGUAAGCGCCAAAACAUGCCCACAAAAUGUGUAAAUUGUGACGAGUGACGUUAGAACAAAGAGGAAGUUUGUCUUAAAACGUAGAAGUUGUGUUAUGAAAAGAAGAAUGCGUCGCUGGAAUUUUACUCUUUGUUUGACUGCAGUGUGCGCGCUGUUUGUUGUAAUGCUGUGGGUGACCGUAACGGAUGACACAGGGAGUAUCAUCGGCGGCAGUUUUCUCUACCGUAUUGCUGCACCUGUCUUAACCCUAGGGAGCACCAGUAACCUCAGCGAUGUUAAUACUAACGGCAUCUCUUGUUACGAUGACGAAGCUAGCAACACCGUCGAGGAAAUUACUUCGUCUGUAUCCCCGCCUCCGACGAAAGGGAAGAGUAUAUUCUUUCACGAAACUUCUUGUGCGUCUAGUACUCAAGAUGGCAUCGUAUUGACAGCGAGACAGGCAUGCGCUGUUGAAUCUGCCGCCAAAAUGAAUCCAGACUUGGAAGUUUAUUUAUUAUUUACAGCGCCCAUUAAUUUACGAAAUUCUACACUGAAGAACAAGAUUGUUACUCAGUUGUUAUCAUAUCCGAAUAUCCACGUUAGACAUCUUCAUUUUGAAAAAUAUUUUAUGGGGUCGCCAUUGGAGAAGUGGUACAAAGGAGGGGCUCUCAAAGCCAGCAGGUGGCCUCGGUCCCACGCUAGUGAUGCCCUACGCUUUCUGACUCUUUGGAAGUACGGCGGAACAUAUCUCGACCUCGACGUCAUCGUCACCAGGUCCUUCUCCGGCCUCAGCAAUUUUGCCGGUGCAGAAUCCAACACCGAUGUUGCAGCUGGAGUUCUCAACUUCGAUUCAGAAGGCCUGGGACAUGAGAUGGCCGAGGCUUGCUUAGAUAACCUGCAAAGCGAAUUUCGUGGUGACGACUGGGGAAACAAUGGCCCUGGGGUUAUUACGAGGGUCCUCAAGAAGCUGUGUGGAGCGCAGAAGGUGCGAGACAUGACUCCUGAGCGGUGUCGUGGGUUUGUCGUUCACCCACCGACCGCCUUCUACCCGAUUCCGUGGAGGCAGUGGAAGCUGUACUUCGACGAAUCAGCAAGUGCAAAAACGAUGGCCCGGUUGAAGAACAGCAUUGCCAUCCACGUUUGGAAUAAAUUCAGCGCCACCAAGAACGUCACCGUUGGUUCCAGGCAGCCAUAUGGACUCAUUGCACAAGAAUUCUGCCCCAAAGUGUACUCCCAUUGUGGACCAAUUUUUUGAGACAAGUCAGCAGUUCGGUCUGCUGUGCAAUUUUUCAUCGCGCGUGCGCAUGCUAUGGGAAAUCAAUGGUGAAGAGUACGAGGGGGUGGGUUGAUCUUACAGCGCAUGCGCACUUCGCCGUUUCCCCAUUCCAAAGACGUACUCAAGUAAUGCAGUACAUUGUGAAAACGAAGAGUGUGUCUGCGGGGAUUGGGGGUCGACGCAUGCGCUAUGGAAGUGUCUAGCGUAGCCGUUCAUCGUAACCCCACUCCCAGCGGACUACUUGAGGUGUACUGACAGUGCUUAUUUGUUCCUGUCGAACCAGGUACAUUGUUGUUAUAAUGGAAACAGACUCCGUAUCUUAUGAGAAAAGACAUUUCUGUAAAAAAAAUUUUUUUACCUCAUUUGUAUUAUUGUUACGAAAACAGGAAAUUUCGUUGCAAACAUGCCAUUUCGCUUCCAGUUCUUAUCGGAGUUCAAUAAUAAUCGUGCCUACAUGAGAGAUUCUUGUUUGCUCAUUGUAUUGUACUUCUGACAUUACUGAAGCUCCUUACGCAUUUGUUCCAGGUACAUUUGAUUGAUUUAACUGUUAGGUUGGUAGAAGAAUGGAAUAAUGAUGAUAAAACCAAAACAAACAUUCCUGUACAUUAGUUGGGAUUCAUACUCGGAACAAAAGAAUGUUAUUCUGUGUCUUGGACUACAGCAAUGAUUUAUGAACUUUCUGGAUAAUCACGACACUUACAAAGGAAGGCAAGAACGAAUUUCGUUAUUUAUAUUUAAUUAUAAUGACACAACGAACAUGUAAAUAGAUUAUUACUGUUAUAAGAAAUUAUUCUUGUUUUGAGAAAUAUAGAAUACAAAUGUGAUACAAAGGUUUAUUUUGUAAAUUUUCACUGAUUUGACGAUGCUGAAUGUUGUAGGGUUCGAGAAACAGAAUAAUAAAUUUUAAUCCAAAUUUGACACCAUUGAGAAGAACUGUAAUCCAGUUUGUGUUGUUUUGUAAACACUCCAGGGCACCCAUAAUUGUAUAAAAUUAUUUGCAAGUUGGAAGUAAAAUGGCAUGAUAUACCGAGUUUGAAAGUUUCGCUUCUUGAGAAGUAAGAAUGUUAUUCUGGUGAAACAUUGAUCUCAGAAAAGGAAAAUAUUUGAAAUUAGUAAUUAUAGUUUUAACAGAAUGGAAACCAAUUUUGCCUGGUGUGAAUUGAUAUUAGCUAGUCAUUAAUAAUUAAUAUGUAUCUCUUCCUUCACUGGACAUUCAAAAACAAGAAAAGUGAAUGUGCAAAACUUUGGAUAUUUUUGAGCCGGUUCUUUAAAAGAGCUUGAAUAUUUGAGCCGGUUCUUUAAAAGAGCUUGAAUAUUUGAGCCGGUUCUUUAAAAGAGCUUGAAUAUUUGAGCCGGUUCUUUAAAAGAGCUUGAAUAUUUGAGCCGGUUCUUUAAAAGAGCUUGAAUAUUUGAGCCGGUUCUUUAAAAGAGCUUGAAUAUUUGAGCCGGUUCUUUAAAAGAACUUGAAUAUUUUAGCCGGUUCUUUAAAAGAGCUUGAAUAUUUGAGCCGGUUCUUUAAAAGAGGUUGCAUUUUUGAGCCGGUUCUUCAAAGGAGCUGGUGUGAAUAGGAAGAACUGUGCUUCUUGUCAUGGUGUUCACGUGGUACCACAGAUGCUUCAUAUUGACAGCAGAAAGAGCACUUUAACAUUGCAUGUAGUAUGUCACGGUGUUAUGUUCCAAAUCAAGAUUCGUACGUAAAUAAGUAAUUAAUUAAUUGUAACCCAAAGGUUGAGUGCCAUGUUUACAAGAACCCACCACUGGAUUCUACCCAGAGCUAGAUUUAUUCAAACACUAGCCUCAAUAUCGGUCUUAAUAUUAUGCUUCCGUUUAUAUCUAGAUCUUCCAAGUGGUCACUUGCUUUCAGGUUUUUUUUCUACGAAUUUUCAUCUGUGCCAUGCAUGCUACAUGUGUUGUUCCUCCCUCCUUACUUAAUUUGACCAUCCUAAUUAUUGGUGACUUGCUCAUAUUAUGGAUUAUUUAUAUAUAAUUUAAUUUUCAAAUUGUUUCUUUAAUGAUUGAUUGUCACGAGCUUGUUCUCGUCAUGUAGACCAAUUUUUUUCAUGGAAUGUUUUGUUUGGGAGUGUCUAAGAAAGAGUGAAGUGAAAACACGUAAUCAGGAAAGAUAUUUUCACGUGUUAUAAUAUCGCGACCAUUUUUUUUUUUAAGGACUGUGGUGUUUGCUUUAACACAUUCACUGCCAUUAUUUCCGGUGUGGAUUUAAAUACCUUGUGCUAAGCGUUUAUCGACGCUGGGAUGUUUUUAACAUGGAUAGAAGAAAAAAAACCAGAUGUAAAUGCACGCAAUUUUCAGGUUACCAUUUAAUAUUGAUUUAGGUUGUAAUGUGUUCACUUUCAUACGAACAUUUAAUCUUACGACACUUUGCAUCAGUCAUCUUUAUACAAAGGAAUGGUAAGUUGUAAUGCCGGAGGAUUUCGCUUAUAAAUACGUAAAUUGAAACGUCAAAACUUCCUUCAUCGUCUGUGAACAUGAGGUAAGUCUAUCCGUACAUCAGCACCAAAAUUUUGAUGGACCCGCGUGGCACUGGCGGCGUGAGGUAAGGAGAAUGACGUUGGACGACGCGUUCGGAAGUGAAUGUGUUAAUCUUGCGGUAUGGAACUCACACGAGUUGAUCUUUUUUGACUGCCAAUUUAUUAGUGAGAGUUUGUUCUUGAAAAAGGAUAUGUCAAAAUGUGUUUUAUCUGUGAUCUCCUUUCAUCGCAUUCCUUUAACUAGUUCCAAGAACUACUCUUUGUAUACGUAAUAAAGGCUUUAUUGGGUGUUCAUCUAAAAGGUGCUAGAAGAGUACAUUGUUAAUAUAUGUUGUAUUUUGAAAGAUAUGUUACUAUGGGGGUGAAUAAUUACAUGGACCACCAUUUUGAGAAUAAACUGCAACACGUUUCAGAAUUA